GAGUCUUCUGUUGCAAACAGUCAUCAUCAUCAUUCCGUCUGUUCGAGUUCCAAGUAGCAGGUCGUGAUUUUGUUUAGUGCUAUUUCCACUAAAAUAAACAGAAACAUUUCGAUAGCUGCUGGGAAACAUUAGUAAAUAUGCAGGAUAAUAACGGAGGAAAAAAGGAAAUCUCGGAAGUGCCACCGAUGAGCCGAUUGUUUGUAAUCUGUGGCCGGCAGAUUAACAAGGAGCAACUGAUACGCCACUUUGAAGAGGAUGGUGAAAUUGAGGAGUGCAUUGUCAUCGUGGAUAAGAAAACCGGCCAGGGCAAGGGUGUUGCCUAUGUCAAGUUUACUAAAACGUCCUCGGCAGCGCGUGGUCUUCGAAAGAACGGCUCCUAUAUAGAGGGAGAAGCUCGGCCGAUAAAAGUAAUGAUAUCCGCUAGCUAUCAGAAAAAGAGAGAAGAAGGUGGACCAGAGGAGGUAAACGAGUACAAGUUUCGUCGUUUGUUUGCAGUCGUUCCUCAUUCGAAGACUGAAGAGUCGAUCAAGGAUGAGUUUACAAAGUUUGGCAAUGUCACGCAGGUUCGGCUGGUACCGGAUAAAAAAAAUCCAACCCAGUGUGCUGCGUACAUUACGUUCACAUCUUUUCUGGAAACAGCCCUGGCCAUUGAAGGAUGCUGUCCCAGCUACAGAGCCAAGUUUUGUCUUCCACGUGAAAUGGUAAAAAAACCCGACGGUGGAGAUGGCGGUAGCAAGUUUUCGUCCAGCAACGGAUCCACUCGGAAAAGGACUCAUUCUCCGGAUUCCGGUCGGUCUGGAACAGAUAUUAAACUAGUGGUCAUAUGCAGCAGUUGCUUGAAUCAAGAUCGGCUGUGGAGAAUUUUUGACAUCGCUCCCGGUAUGAAGUACUGCAACAUUGUGACGCAAAAUGAUAUUAAUACAACUGCUUGUGUGGUUUACUCGAGCCACGAUGAGGCAAAGCGGGCAAUCGAUAAGAUCCACGGUCUAGAAUAUCCUUUUGGAGAGCGAAUAAUUGUCCGAUUCGAGAAUGAAUUCCGUGAAGAAGUCUGUUCGAAUGACAUGCUUUCUCAACUUGGUCCACCAAAAACAAUAUUGAACUCUCAGACCUACUGCGCCAAGAAAGCUUUUUUCAUAUGCAUGCCAGAGGCCGUUUCGGUGAAACUAUUGCAGGAUGCUUUCUGUCGGUUUGGUGAUUUAAUCAACGUCUAUGUAGUUCCGGGAAAACGACAUGGGUAUGCUGCGUUUGCUAGUGAAGUCGCUGCCGAUCGGGCUAUUCAACAAUUGCAUGGAAUGCAACUCGGAGAUUGUCGACUUAAGGUGCUGGAGUGUAUGGAACAGAAUGAUAACAAAAGGCAGCGACCAAUGGAGCACUAGUUUAGGAUGUACGAUUUGGUGAGUUUCGGGUAAUCGAUGAAUCUAUUUUCUCUCGGUGGAAGUUUUCUUGUUUCAUUACAGACUCACUGCCCGGAUGAUUGUUACGCUGAGGGAUAUUUGUUUGCUUUUGUUUCCAUUUAAUUUCAGAGACACCGAAUAUUUGUACCCUAACUUGUUUUUAAUUUCUAUCAUUCGCAGAUAUUUAAACUGAAAAAAAGUAAAUGAUGGAACAACAGAAGAGAAAGAUGGAAACAUUUCUUGAAUAACAUUUUCCCCGAACUACAGGACAAAUUGAAAAAAAAAACAUUUUCAUCAACACAGUAAAUGUUGAAAUAAUGGAUUGGACGAUAAUUCUAAUUAUCAUAGUCAGAAAGAAGAACUACAACAUUAAUAGGAAUACAGACAACAUGAAAUAUAUUAUAAGCACUCGUAGUCACGUUACGAAACGAAACUGAAACGUAAUAACUGUAAAGAUUAAGUAAGUAUUGAAAAACAAGUACUCCGCAUGAAAAAUCUACUGAAUAUUUGAAGGCAUUUGAACCAUUGCCAAUUGAGAUCAAUAGGUAAACUUAUCCGUAAUUGUUUCGUCGUUUGAGUAAAAAAAAAUAACCUGAAUUAUGGUAACUGAAAUAUAAGGAGGAAAAUAAAAUGGGAAUACAACCGCGA